CUCCUUCCUGUCUCGCUGUCCUGUGCGUUCGCCGGUGGACGAGAUGAGCGGCCGAGGGGGUUUCUACCGGCAGGAGCUGAACAAGACAGUGUGGGAGGUGCCGGAGCGGUACCAGAACCUCACCCCGGUGGGCUCGGGCGCUUAUGGAUCCGUCUGCUCAGCGUAUGAUACCCAAACGAGACAGAAGGUGGCUGUUAAAAAGCUGUCCAGACCGUUCCAAUCACUCGUUCAUGCAAGACGGACUUACAGGGAACUGCGUCUCCUUAAACACAUGAAGCAUGAAAAUGUUAUUGGUUUGCUGGAUGUGUUUACACCCUCAACAUCAGUGGAGACCUUUAUUGAAGUCUAUCUUGUGACAAAUCUUAUGGGAGCUGACCUUAAUAACAUUGUUAAGUGUCAGAGGCUAACAGAUGACCACAUCCAGUUUCUGGCUUAUCAGUUACUGAGAGGACUCAAGUAUAUACAUUCAGCAGGGAUCAUACAUAGGGAUCUGAAACCAAGUAAUUUAGCUGUGAAUGAAGACUGUGAAUUAAGGAUUUUAGAUUUCGGGUUGGCGAGACAGACAGAUGAUGAAAUGACUGGAUAUGUUGCCACGCGGUGGUACAGAGCCCCGGAAAUCAUGUUAAACUGGAUGCACUAUAAUCAGACAGUUGACAUUUGGUCAGUCGGCUGUAUCAUGGCAGAACUACUGAAAGGCAAAGCACUUUUUCCAGGAAAUGACUAUAUUGACCAAUUAAAAAGAAUUAUGGAAGUUGUUGGAACACCUAAUUCUGAAUUUCUUAUGAAAAUUUCAUCCGAACAUGCUCGGCGGUAUAUAGAAUCGUUACCUUACAUGCCUCAACAGGAUUUAAAAGAGGUUUUCCAAGGCGCUAAUCCAUUAGCUAUCGAUCUGCUUAGGAAGAUGUUAAUAUUAGACAGCGACAAGAGGAUAACUGCUGCUGAGGCACUUGCACAUCCCUAUUUUGAGCAAUACCAUGACCCAGAAGAUGAACCAGAAGCUGAACCUUAUGAUGAAUCUGCUGAGAACAAGGAACGCACUAUAGAUGAAUGGAAAGAAAUUACAUAUGAAGAAGUGGUCAGCUUCAAACCAUCAGAUAUCACAAUGGACAGCUUGGAAAUUGAACAGUAAACCCAAACAUGUAUCCAUUGCCUCCUCACCACAAACCUUUUACCAAUUUGGCUGUUGCAAACUGAAUGGCUUCUGUCAACCAAAGAAGUGGGAGCAUUGUUAAGAAAUCUAAUGUACAGAAUGUAGCAGAAAAUUUUAUUUUUAGCCAUACGUAGGACGGUCCUCUUGUUUUGCUUUUAAGCACAAUUCCGUACUCCACAAAAAAGUCACCUUGAAUCUGUUUAGCUGUUAUUUUACAGAGUCAGAUGUUGCUGUCUGCUUUGUUAUAUUUAAAAAGGGAUGGACAGGAUAUUUCUUCCGUGGAAAAUUAUUUCUGUGAAAAAAGCAAAUUACUUGCAUUUUUGUAAAACAGCAAUGAUUGUAAGUGUCAGCUGGAUUAAUUGCUGUCUACUAUAACUACUAAAGAUCUAUCUCUCCCCCCCACCAAGAUUUUCAUGCCUUCACUUGUAAAGACAUUGAGAUUUCUGUCCGACAUUUAGCUUUCUGUAAAUGUACCAGAUCCAUUUCCAAAAGCAAACUACGGUAAACCAUUUUCUCUUCUCUGAUUUGCAAAAACCCGACGCUUUGUACAGCAGACGAUAUCUGGAGUGGGAGGGUAUUAUUUAAAUAUACAGCUCCAUCACAAAAUCGCAUUUUUGGAAACAUGGCAAUUUUCCUAUGAAUGUGAAAAAUUGAUUUGUGCAUGGUACAAUUAACUGUCAUCAAUAAGGCCGGCUGAAAAUGAAUUCUUCUACUAAAAGCAAUGUUUUUUUUUUUUGUUUUUUUUUUAGGCAGUGGUUACAAAAUAACAGAUUUAUUUAUUUUUUUUCUUUACCAGCUAUUAUUCAUAGCUGGUGCCUUUUGGAGAGAAGGGAGCAUGAUAAUUAGAUCGUGCCUCUUAGUUGUUUUCGUCAGCCUAUUUGCAGAAUAUUUGUUAAAUUUUCAUUUAAGUCUUGUACUUUUGUCCUGCUGCCAAUAAAAAUAAUUCUUGUAA